GUGUGCGUGUGUGUGUUCGUUUCUAAGUGUUGGUAAGCGACGCACAUGGCGUAUGAUUUAUGCGGCUGUUGUUGCGACGCCAAAGCCAACGACAAACAGCAACGAAAACAAAAAUUACAUUAAAAGCAAAACAAGCAAAUUGAAUUUACAACAAUUUGGCUAAAACCAAAAAGUUUUAUUGUGCAGUGCGCGAAAGCGAGCAAAGUGGCAGCAGCCUCCACACAGAUACAAUUGUCAAAGAGAUAGCGCUGGAUUUUGUAAUAGCUCCCAGGCGAGCGCUUAGAGCCGAGACGCCCCCAACAAGAUCAGAGCCAAAGCUAACAAUAAAAUAACAGCAAUAUAUAUACACAUACAUAUACACAUAUAUAUAUAUAUAUAUUGUAAUUAGAGCUAUGCGGUUAACAAGGCCAAGCACAAUGUUGGCCAAUUUUGGAUUAUUCAACUGUUGGCCGCUGCUGCUGCUGCUGCCGCUGCUGGCCCAGCUGCAAGGCUACAGCGCAGCUUUGGCACCGACGCCACCRACAACAACAACAACUACAAUUUCACCCACAAAUCUCUUGCCCUAUUUUGACUUUGAUGUUCCACGUAACUUGACCGUCACAGUGGGCCAAACGGGCUUCCUGCACUGCCGAGUGGAGCGAUUGGGCGAUAAGGAUGUCUCAUGGAUACGCAAACGUGAUCUGCAUAUACUCACGGCAGGCAGCACAACCUACACCUCCGAUCAGCGCUUUCAGGUUCUGCGGCCCGAUAACUCAGCCAAUUGGACGCUGCAAAUCAAAUAUCCCCAGCCACGCGACUCGGGCGUCUACGAGUGCCAAAUCAACACCGAGCCCAAAAUGUCGCUAUCCUAUACCUUCAAUGUUGUGGAGCUCAAAGCGGAAAUCUACGGACCCAGCGAUCUGAUGGUAAAAACGGGCAGCGACAUUAAUUUAACCUGUAAAAUAAUGCAGGGACCACACGAGCUGGGCAACAUAUUCUGGUACAAAGGCAGCGAAAUGCUCGAUGGCAAGCACGAGAACGAUAUCGACAGCUCCAUGGCACGCAUACUCGUCGAGGAUGAUUGGUCGGAUGGCUUGACUUCCAGAUUAAAAAUCAAGCGAGCCAUGCCCGGCGACACCGGCAACUACACCUGUGUGCCAACCGUCGCAAAAACCUCCAGCGUCUACGUGCACGUAAUUAUUGGCGAACACCCGGCGGCCAUGCAGCACAAUUCAAGCAGCAACAGCAACAGCUUCUACUGCGGCAUUUGUUGCAUGCUGCUCAGCAUUUUCUCCUGCUGCCUGCAGCAUUGGUAUGUGUGUGCAGCGCCUGCUGAGACAAUGGCUGCGCUUUUCUUGCUGCCAACCAAAGAAUUGUCACAGGCAGCGACAGCAACAGCAACA